AUUUAAAAAGUGUGGACGGAUUGAGGCAACUUAUAAACCAAGAAACGAUAAUAAGAAUAGCAUUGGUGAAAAACGUAUACACACUGAUGGAGGACAUAGUCGAUCUCAAACAAAAUAUGAAGGCACUGGAAACGUCACAAGAAAAAACUGAAUUAGAGAUGAACAAACUAAAACUUGAAAACGAGAGACUUCAGCUUGAAAAAAGAGAGUUUGAAGUGACCUUCAACAAACUCGAAGAAAACUUUACUGAAACGAGUGAACACAUACUUGGGUUUACAAAACAAUUUGAAGUUGAUAGAGAAACUUUUGAGAAAAACAUCAGUGCAAGACUUGAAAGCUUGAAAGAUGCUCUUUUUGGUUUAAAUAAACAUACUCUAGAAAUGGAAAGGAUGUUCCCGGUAUUGAUAGAAGAGAAUUCUGAAAUUUUGUCAACUAAAUUGAAUACUUCACUGGAAAUUAUGAACAAUGAUUUACGUUAUUCUAACGCAAAUCUAUCAAAGUCAUUGUUAAACAUUGAAAAUUCUCAGAAUGCGGCUAUAUCUUCAAUGUUCGAUGAUAUCAACAAAACUAUGGGGGACAUAAGGACUAAGGUCAAACAAUCUCAGUACGACCAACUGAAGUUGUCCACUACUGUUUCGUAUCUGGAAGCGUUCCAAAUGAAUAUUACCAGAAACUUGUCUCAGAGAGUAGCUUUUACUGUUGGAGUGUCGUCUACUAGCACCUCAUGGAACAGUGGGACUUUAGUGUACGAUAAAGUAAUCAACAACGUGGGAGGAGGGUAUAACCCGAACACCGGAAUCUUCACAGCACCAGUAGAAGGAAAUUAUGUGUUCUACGUCACUAUCCAAAGUUACAAGAACAACGCAAUAUAUGUAGACAUUGUGCUAAACGGAUCUAGCAAAGUUAGGUCAAUAGCUUUUCCUAAUUGGCCUCAUGAACAAUACGAUACAGGUACAAACCUGGUAACGUUACAACUGCAGAAAGGGGACGCGGUAUGGGUAAGAUUUAACUAUGGUAUCGGUUAUUGGACUACAAGUGACACUCCUGCAACCACGUUUUCUGGAUUCCUUAUGUAAACCUUAUUCAAUUCCUUAUUUAAACCAUUAACUUUCAAUAUUUACAUUUGAUUUGUAUUUUUAUUAACUAUGAAAAUUUGACAGGGGUUAUUGAUAGAGCAAACACCUGCGGAUUCAAUUAUGGUUCUUUAUCUAUUUCGUCAAUCAUAAAAGCAUCUUCAAAUCAUGCACUGAAAAUAUAAUACAUAUUUCAUUCACAAACAACAAUAGUAAUUUCACAUUAUAACAAAUCAUAAAACAUUACAUUGCG